AUGGAAUCCGGGGGUCGCCGCGGCCUGGCCUCGGCGGGGGGGCCGGUCUCGGCGACCCCGAUGCUAAGGCAGGAUUCGGGGACCGGGGCUGAGGCGCGGGCUCGCGGCCCCGGUGCCGUCAGAGCCCGCCGCUUCCUGCUCUGUCUUUACCUGGUGGGCUUCUUGGAUUUGUUUGGUGUCAGCAUGGUCAUCCCUUUAUUGAGCCUUCAUGUCAAGUCUCUUGGAGCAAGUCCAACAGUUGCUGGAAUAGUAGGCUCCUCCUAUGGCAUUUUGCAGCUCUUUUCCAGCACACUGGUGGGCUGCUGGAGUGAUGUGGUUGGAAGACGGUCUUCCUUGCUGGUGUGCAUUCUGUUCAGCGCCCUGGGUUAUCUGAUUCUUGGAGCAUCCACCAAUGUGUUCCUGUUUGCCCUUGCUAGAGUCCCUGUGGGUAUUUUUAAACAUACCCUCUCCAUUUCAAGGGCUCUGCUUUCUGAUCUGGUUGCAGAGAAAGAACGGCCAUUAGUAAUUGGACAAUUCAACGCAGCAUCUAGUGUGGGCUUCAUUUUGGGCCCCAUGGUUGGUGGAUAUCUUACUGAGCUAGAUGGUGGAUUUUAUCUGACAGCCUUCAUCUGUUUUUCUGUCUUCAUUCUCAAUGCUGGUCUGGUUUGGCUGUUUCCCUGGUGCGAAGCGAAGCUCUCCAGUGCAGAGAAAGGCCUGCCAGCGAGGGAGGACUCUGCACCCUGGGGGAGGACAGACGGUCACGGGCAGGGAACAGCCACCCCCCACCGGAGCACGGCCAGCGCCCGGCCUGCCAGGCCGCCCUGGCUGGAGGUCGCGUCCACCCUGCGCGACAUGAAGAGCCUGGUAUUUUCCGAGAUGCGGGACAUCUUCGCGGUGCGCUUGCUGAUGGCCGUGGCGGUCAUGCUGUACUACAGUAACUUUGUGCUGGCCCUGGAGGAGCGCUUCGGGGUGCGGCCGCGGGCGGCGGGCUACCUCAUCAGCUACAGCGGCGCGCUGGGCGCCCUGGCCGGCCCGGCGCUGGGGCCCCUGCUGCGGCUGUACGGGCACGACGGCCGCGCCAUCCUGCUGCACUCGAGCGCGCUCACCUGCCUGCUGCUGGUGCUGCACGCCGCCGCCCGCUCCGUGGCCGUGGCCGUGCUCUGCUCCUCGCUGCUGGCCGUGUCCACCGCCGUGGGCAGGAUCUGCAUCACCGACCUGCAGCUGGCGGCGGGCGGGGCGCGGGCCAGCGGUGCGGUCAUCGGUGUGGGGCAGUCGGUGACGGCCGUGGGCCGGAUCAUCGCCCCGCUCCUCUCGGGGCUCGCGCAGGAGGUGAGCCCGUGCGGGCCCCCCAGCCUGGGGGCUGCGCUGGCCCUCGUGGCGAUUUUCCUAAUGUCCCUCAACAGAGCCCGCUAUGGCGGUGACGGCGGCGGCGGUGGUGGUGGGAGUGACAAAUUGAAACGUGCAUAG